GUUGAGGAAACAUUGUGUCGAGUGGGCGGGGCGAGAAGGACGGACGGACUGCUUCACAACUCUGACCCUUUCUCUCACAGUCGCCCUAGUAAGGAUUCACCUACUUUCACUCUUCUGACCCUCGACAUGUCAAACAACAACGCCGGCAGCAACUUGGUCGUCGCUCAGAGAGUAGUGAAACAGCUGCGGUUGGAGGCCAGUGUCCGUAGGAUCAAGGUGUCCCAGGCUGCAGUGGACCUGAAGAACUACUGUCUGCAGAACGCUCAGCAGGACCCUCUCCUGAUGGGGGUCCCCUCCAGUGACAACCCCUUCAGACCCCCCAAGUCCUGCAGCCUGUUCUGAGCAGCAGUCCGUGUAUGGAGGAGGAGUUGUUGCUGUAUGUCCUAUAAGGGACCCUUCCUCUGCUCUCUCUACUGCUGGUCCAUUUGUGUGUUGCAGCUCUCCCAAUGUUAACCUCUAGCCUGAUCCCAGAUCUGGCAUGCCAAAGCAUGACAAUGACCAAAGAUGUUGGCAAGACCGCACAAACAGAUCUGGGACCAGGCUAGACAGUCCAUGUAUUAAGAUAAAGCCUAGUAGUGCCAUUAUACAUGUAUGUUCAGGAUGUUGAUGUGAUUUCCUAUUUGUUAUGAUGAUCAUGAUGAUGACAUUGUAUUUGGGUUGUAACUUCCUGAAAAUUCCCCAGUUUUCCAGAAAUUCCUGUUGUAAGAUUCCUGGAAUCGGGAGGGAAUACGCAGAAAACCCAGGAAUCUUCUACUGAAAUUUCUGGAAAAAUCUGUCAAGUUUUGUAAAGUUACUGUAGUUCUCCAACCCUAACUUGUAUCUAUGCACUGUACUUUCCACCAGUAUGAUAUCAGCCUCUGACAGGCAGGCAGCCAGUGAAUGUGCCUUUGAGGUUGUCUCCCAAAUAGCACCCUAUUCCCUAUAUAGUGCACUACUUUAGACCAGAGCCCUGUUCCCUAUAUAGUGCACUACUUUUCACCAGAGCCCUGUUCCCUAUAUAGUGCACUACUUUUCACCAGAGCCCUGUUCCCUAUAUAGUGCACUACUUUUGACCAGAGCCCUAUAGUGCAGUAUAUAGAGAAUAGGGUGUUAUUUGGGAUGCAACUUAUGUGUCUGACGACAUGUUCAGCACAAUAAGGAAGUGACCAACCGUUGAAUGUUUUAACCAGGGUACGUAUUGAUGUUUAACCUACAGUUCUAGCCGAUUGGCCUACAUGCUGUCUUGUCACCUUCUAUUGCUUGUGUUCCACGUGCAGUAUACUUCCUGGUACAAACUACCACAUGGUACAGGUUGACAUUCUCAACCCAGGGAUCCAGAACCAUAGAAUUAGAAUCUAGAAUUCAUGCAGAACACUAACCACAUCUCCCCAGUUGUACUCUAUACAAGAGACUGGCAGUUACAUGUUUCUUUUAAACUUUCGUCGACCUAUUUUAUGAAAUAAUCUGCCUUUUUAUCGAAGGGUUUGUUCAUUCGGUUGUGAUGAUACUAAUGUGAUCUUAAAUGUUACAUUGUUGUGCCCUCCUGUAACUUUUUUUUUAGGAAGACACUCCUGUCCUUGGCCUUUUUCCCUGGAAAUACUCAUGUCCUUCUCAUGGUUUUCCACUAGCCUACAUUCAGUCACAGAUAACACUAUAGCGUGGUUUUACACUAGCCUACAUUCAGUCACAGAUAACACUAUAGCGUGGUUUUACACUAGCCUACAUUCAGUCACAGAUGACACUAUAGCGUGGUUUUACACUAGCCUACAUUCAGUCACAGAUAACACUAUAGCGUGUUUUUACACUAGCCUACAUUCAGUCACAGAUGACACUAUAGCAUGGUUUUACACUAGCCUACAUUCAGUCACAGAUAACACUAUAGCAUGGUUUUCCACUAGCCUACAUUCAGUCACAGAUAACACUAUAGCAUGGUUUUACACUAGCCUACAUUCAGUCACAGAUAACACUAUAGCAUGGUUUUCCACUAGCCUACAUUCAGUCACAGAUAACACUAUAGCAAAUGGGAACGUAUUUAACUAAGACAAACAACACUCAUUUCCAUAUGCCACAGCUGGUGCUUCAGCUUGUUUCAGGUUACUGAUUAGCCACAUCACCAUGACUGCCCUUUUUAUGAUUCCAUCAGCCUGUAUCGCAGUUUGUUUUUAUCGUUGAACUGUGAGCGUGGAACCUUCCAGCCUCGCUACCGGCCUUGUAUGAGGAGAUUUAAUUUGAUACCUGAUAUACUGUCUAUCCUCUGUGCCUUAACUUUGUAGCUGUGUUAUACUGUCCAUCCUCUGUGCCUUAACUUUGUAGCUGUGUUAUACUGUCUAUCCUCUGUGCCUUAACUUUGUAGCUGUGUUAUACUGUCCAUCCUCUGUGCCUUAACUUUGUAGCUGUGUUAUACUGUCCAUCCUCUGUGCCUUAACUUUGUAGCUGUGUUAUACUGUCUAUCCUCUGUGCCUUAACUUUGUAGCUGUGUUAUACUGUCCAUCCUCUGUGCCUUAACUUUGUAGCUGUGUUAUACUGUCCAUCCUCUGUGCCUUAGCUUUGUAGCUGUGUUAUACUGUCUAUCCUCUGUGCCUGAGCUUUGUAGCUGUGUUAUACUGUCCAUCCUCUGUGCCUGAGCUUUGUAGCUGUGUUAUACUGUCCAUCCUCUGUGCCUUAGCUUUGUAACUGUGUUAUACUGUCUAUCCUCUGUGCCUUAACUUUGUAACUGUGUUAUACUGUCUAUCCUCUGUGCCUGAGCUUUGUAACUGUGUUAUACUGUCUAUCCUCUGUGCCUUAACUUUGUAACUGUGUUAUACUGUCUAUCCUCUGUGCCUGAGCUUUGUAACUGUGUUAUACUGUCUAUCCUCUGUGCCUUAACUUUGUAACUGUGUUAUACUGUCCAUCCUCUGUGCCUGAACUUUGUAGCUGUGUUAUACUGUCCAUCCUCUGUGCCUGAGCUUCGUAACUGUGUUAUACUGUCCAUCCUCUGUGCCUUAACUUUGUAACUGUGUUAUACUGUCCAUCCUCUGUGCCUGAACUUUGUAACUGUGUUAUACUGUCUAUCCUCUGUGCCUGAACUUUGUAACUGUUUCCAACCUAGUAAAUCACAUUUACCACUGUG